UUCAAACGAGAUCAGCUGGACUUUGCUGCUCCGGUCACAAUUUACUGGAAGAGCUUUUUUCACCUGCAUCCAACAUGCGACCCAUCCCAUCCAGACUCAGCUAUCUGUUUCUACACUUAUUUGCAUUCUGCUACUACACUCAGGUAACCAAUCAGUCCCCGCCUAAUUUCACGCAGCAUGUAAGCGAGCAGAGCAAAGUGACGGACCGCGUGAGCCGCAGGUUGAUCCGGAUCUACCAGCUGUACAGCCGGACCAGCGGCAAGCACGUUCAGGUCCUGCCCAACAAGAAGAUCAACGCCAUGGCCGACGAUGGAGAUGUGCACGCCAAACUCAUCGUGGAGACGGACACAUUCGGGAGCCGAGUGCGCAUCAAGGGAGCUGAGACGGGCUUCUACAUCUGCAUGAACAAGAGGGGGAAGCUCAUCGGCAAGAAAAAUGGACAAGGCCGCGACUGUAUCUUCACUGAGAUUGUCCUGGAGAACAACUACACAGCGCUAAGGAACGCCCGCUACGAGGGCUGGUACAUGGCCUUCACCCGCCGUGGGCGGCCACGGAAAGGCUCGCGGACGCGCCAGCACCAGCGCGAGGUCCAUUUCAUGAAGAGGUUGCCGAAGGGACAGCAGCCCGCCCACCCGAGCCACCACCGGCCUUUCGACUUCAUCCACUACCCCUUCAGUCAAAGGACUAAACGCACACGGUACUCGGCAGAGCGCUGAGGAGGAGGAGGAGGAGGAGGAGGAUAGAAAAGACAGAGAGAAAGAAGAGAA